UCAGCGUGGUGACAAACUUGUUCUCCGCAUCACUGUCCGCGCGCACAGUGCGCCCGCUGCUCUUACGUGUGGGAGGGUGAAGAUGGUCAGAAAGCGGUCCACUUAAAAGCUUCUUUUUUACUUAGGAGACGAGGCGGAUAAAUGCGACAGACACGCCGCUAAUUUUCGCCGAAGAGGUGGAUGCGCAGAACAUUUAACUCCCAAUAUUUCUCUCUUGACUGUCACGAGCCCGCGAGCUGCCAGGACGCCCGAUUUGAAAUUCGAUAUGUGGGAACAAGACGAAUUUGCAAAGCACUGGAGGAAUGAAUUCCCCGAUGGAAACGUACCUCACAUGGCGUUUAAGUCUGUGGAGGACAUCGAGUCGGAGCUGGAGACGAGCAAGGCCAACCUGAAGAGGCUCCAGAAGGCGCUGGCGGAGGAGAAAUUCAAGGUGAUCUACCUGCAGACCACCAUGGCUCAACGGAAGACGAACCACCCGCACAGGUUCCACGGAAAAGAUGAAAACUCCAACGUGGACAAGACCGGGGAGACCAGGAGACCGCAGCGGCGGGAGGACGAGGGCGACGGGCAGAGGACCGUGGUGUCCGACUCCGGGUGCGCGAGGCUCAACGCGGGGGGUGUCAUGAGCUCCUUCGGGCACGAGCGGGGCAGGUUCGGCGGCAAGUUGGGGAAGCCCGUCCCCAUCCCGGUGCCGCCACCGAAACCCAGCUACCUGAAGAAAGACCCGGCCCCAGCUGGCGGCUGUCCGCCGAAUGACAGCGAGACGGGCAGCGACCGAGAGUACGAAGACGCCGAGCUGAAUGACAACUUCGUCCGGAGUAACUUGUUGGCGCCGAAGGUCGUCUGUCCGGACAACCAGAGGACGCCCAGCGGCUACCGGGAAAACCGGUGGCCUUUCCGCCUCAGCAGGGACUUGGACUCCGGCGACGACGGCAGGCUGUCCCCGUCCUGCCUGCGUGUUCCCGGGAGCAGCACCCCGGACAGGAGGAGUGAUGAGUACCUGAGCUCCGACCACGACGACGACUCUUCUGCAGACUACAACACAGAUGGCUACGAGGGGGACGGAGCGGAGGACGGCAAGUCUCAGGACGGCUCGGAGACGCUGCCCUACAUUGACGAAUCGCCCACCAUGUCGCCCCAGCUGUGCGCGACCCAAGGGCCCGACGGAGAGGCCGUGUCCCCUACACCACCCGAUGGCCUGCUGGCAGGGGGAGGAAUGGAGAAAGGACUGGAGAUGAAGAAGCUGGUGCUGUCUGGUUUCUUGGCCAGCGAGGAGAUCUACAUCAACCAACUGGAGGCCCUGAUACUGCCGAUGCGCCCGCUGAAAGCCACGGCCACGACCUCACAGCCCGUCCUGACCAUCCAGCAGGUUGAGACCAUCUUCUACAAAAUCCAAGACAUUUUUGAGAUCCACAAGGAGUUCUACGACGCCCUCCUGCCCAACAUCCAGCACUGGGACGAGAAGGUCACCGUGGGACAUCUGUUCCAAAAGCUGGCCAGCCAGUUAGGGGUGUACAAGGCCUUUGUGGACAACUACAAGGUGGCGCUAGAGACGGCCGUGAAAUGCAGCCAGGCCAACGGCCAGUUCCAGAAGAUAUCUGAGAAUCUCAAAGUUAAAGGUCCUAAAGACUCCAAAGAUUGUACCACAAGUGUCUCAAUGGAGGCUCUCCUCUACAAGCCCAUUGACCGUGUGACCAGAAGCACCCUGGUUCUACAUGACUUGCUGAAACACACGCCGAAGGAUCACCCGGACUUCCCGCUCCUGCAGGACGCUCUGCGGAUAUCUCAGAACUUUCUCUCGUCCAUCAACGAGGAGAUCGACCCUCGCAGGACCGCCGUCACCACGCCCAAGGGAGAGGCUCGUCAGCUGGUGAAGGAUGGCUUCCUGGUGGAGGUGUCGGAAAGCUCAAGGAAGCUUCGCCAUGUAUUCCUCUUCACGGACCUGCUGCUCUGUGCCAAGAUGAAGAAGACCGCUGUGGGUCGCAAUCAGCAGUACGAGUGCAAGUGGUACCUCCCUCUGGCGGACUUGACUUUCCAGACCCUGGACGACUCUGAGUCUUUCCCAAGUAUCCAGGUCCUCCCUGAGCACGAGAUCGAGGAGAUGAAGAUCAAGAUCUCCGUUCUAAAGAGUGAGAUACAGAAAGAGAAGAAAGCCCCGAAGGGUCAGAGUCGCGUGGAGCGUCUGAGAAAGAAAAUGAACGAACAGGAGUCGUGGCUGCUCCUGCAUUCUCCCACCAUCCCCUUCCGCAUCCACAACAGACAUGGAAAGAGCUACCAGUUCCUCAUAUCCUCUGAUUACGAGAGGUCGGAGUGGAGGGAAAGCAUCCAGAAGCUCCAGAAGAAAGAUCUCCAGGCAUGCGUAUUAAGUUCUGUGGAGCUUCAGGUCUUGACCAGCUCUUGUUUCAAACUCCGAACCGUCCACAACAUUCCUGUCACAAGUAACAAAGACGAUGAGGAGACUCCUGGCCUGUACGGCUUCCUGCAUGUGAUCGUCCACUCGGCCAAAGGAUUCAAGGACUCAGCCAAUCUAUACUGCACCCUUGAAGUGGACUCGUAUGGAUACUUUGUCAGCAAGGCCAAGACCCGAGUCUUCCGGGACACCUCCGAGCCGCAGUGGAACGAAGAGUUUGAGAUCGAGCUGGAGGGCUCCCAGUACCUGCGGAUCCUGUGCUACGAGAACUGUUACGACAAGAGCAUGCUCAACAAGGACGACAACGAGAUCGUGGACAAGAUCAUGGGCAAAGGACAGGUCCAGCUUGAUCCUCAGACUGUGCAGUCCAAGAACUGGCACAUGGACGUCAUCGAGAUGAACGGGAUCAAAGUGGAAUUCUCCAUGAAGUUUACAAGUCGCGACCUCAGCUUGAAGAGAACACCGUCCAAAAAACAAAGUGGUGUGUUUGGAGUCAAAAUCAACGUGGUGACAAAGCGCGAGCGCUCCAAGGUGCCUUACAUCGUCCGUCAGUGCAUUGAGGAAGUGGAGAAGAGGGGGAUCGACGAAGUGGGAAUCUACAGGAUCUCAGGGGUGGCCACUGAUAUCCAGGCCCUCAAAACAGCAUUCGACACCAAUACCAAAGACAUCUUGGUGAUGCUGAGCGACAUGGACAUCAACGCCAUCGCGGGAACCCUGAAGCUGUACUUCAGGGAGCUGCCGGAGCCUCUGCUCACCGACCGCCUCUAUCCCGCCUUCAUGGAGGGCAUAGCGCUCUCAGAUCCGGCAGCCAAGGAGAACUGCAUGAUGCACCUCCUGCGCUCUCUGCCCGACCCCAACCUCAUGACCUUCCUCCCUCUGCUGGAUCACCUCAAACGGGUGGCUGAGAAGGAGCCCAUCAACAAGAUGUCCCUCCAUAACCUGGCCACCGUGUUUGGCCCCACUCUGCUCAGGCCCUCAGAGUCUGAGAGCGCGAAGGGACUGCACAUCACCUCCGCCUCUGACAUCUGGUCACAUGACGUGAUGGCACAGGUCCAGGUGCUGCUGUAUUACCUGCAGCAUCCUCCAAUCUCCUUUGCCGAGCUGAAGCGCAACACGCUCUACUUUUCCACUGAUGUUUAAGCUCCACCCACCUCCCUCAGGGCGCCAUCUGGAGAGGAGAGCGUGAGAGACUCCAUACAAACCCCGGUCCUCGUUGCUCACUCCUUCUGGCUUACCUCUUCUCCCAGCAGGCAGCGAAUCUUGACUGUACAGAGCCCGCCCCCCUCUUACCCUCACACGCACAUACACACACACACACCCCCCCCCCCCCCCCUCCUGUCUGCACCCCCAACUCACCGUCAACCCCGCCCCGCCCCGCCCAGUCCUGAAAGGAGAUGUAGCCCAGCUCGAGGGAGAUGGGAAAGGAGAUUUUUCAGUCGUCUACUUGUCACAUGUCACGUCCCAACGCCAAGAGGACAAGGAAUUCUUGGACCCGGUGGGGUAAAGCUCGAGGGGCCACGGGGCCACGGUCCAGAGCGGCGGCCCAGGAUCAAACCUGUGUGCGUGUGUCGGUCCCAGAAACCAUUGGACUGAGCCUGAGGCUUGUUCUUUAUUCCUGAUCAGAGGCAUUCCAGAAUAAAUGGCAUUUAUAUGUUUAAUAAUUCUGUUCAACAGCUGUUCUGUUUCCUUUUUCUGUCAUCCUGACGUUGUGCAUGUGGUGGAGGAGGCCGGGCGCGUGGUGUGAGCGACACUGUGCUUGUACAUGUGUGACCGAGUGUUUGAGGGACCUUGAGACCGUGUUAGAGAUGGCUGGGAAGCCUUCCUGCUCAAUGAGCCUCUCUGUACUGACAAACAAGAGGGAACCGGCCUCCCCAGUGAUUCUCGGCCAAAUUGCCCUAUUUAUUUGAAAUAUAUAUGAUAUUUGUGCCUGUACAGUUCUUUGCAACUAGAGAAAUGCUCUAAGCAGUCCGUUUUUUGAAGUUUAUUCAGGUAGUGAUGUUAUUUUUAGCCAGAUUUUUUUUUCUCAUUCACCUUGAGAAAGAAAAAGGUAAAUAGGACGUCUACCAGUUAAUGUCGCACACUUUGUAGAGGAGAAAGGGCACUCUGUGACAAGAGGUUUGUUUAGGAGGUAAAAAAGUGGAACAUUUAUGAAAGAUAUUUCUCAUUGUUCCAUUGAUUACAAGCCUGUUCCAAGUGUUUUACUGCACCUUCUGUAGACUUGAUUUGUGUAGUUGCCCUCAUUGCAUGUUCAGCUUGUCAAACAGGCCACGUAACACAAAGCCAGGGCCAGAAGGAUUUGGACCCGACACCAUUCCUGUCAAUUUUGCCUCCUUACGCAACCCCAAAUGAUUUAACGGAAGCGGUAAAUAGUUUAUCAUUUGAUGUCCAAUGAUUUGGAGUUGCGUCAAGAGGCCCAAUUCUUCUGUCCCUGACUCGGUUGUCCCUGCGAGGCUCUCGCUACGACGGGCCCAGCUUUCUGCUAUCGAGCCUGCGACAUAUCUUAAAAUACUGUAAGCACCGCUAGAUGAGUUCUAUUUGAUAUUUUUAAUAUAAUAUAUUAAAAAAGGAAUAAAAAAUGUUGUAUUUUACCUCUACGGAGAAGGCAUUUCAAUAUACUGUAAUAAUGAGACUAAAUGUCGAUGUGAACUUUUUCCCCUUUUUCUUUUUUUUUUAGUAAAAUAAAAGUUACCAAACACUCA